AUGGAGACGCUCACGCCGGCCUCGGCCACGGUCAAGGCGGCCGCGACGCUCUGCUCGACGACCAUCACCGCCGCCACCGGUCUCCUCACCAUCGCCGGCGGCCCCGCCUCGGCCUCGGUCGCCCUCGCCAAGGCCAUCGUCUACGAGGUGCCCUGCCCGACCGUCAUGUCCCGGCUCGGCGCCGCCCUCCCGACGCCCGACGGCGCGACGGGGACGAGCACGGGGACGAGCACGGGCCUUCACGGCGCCAGCCCGAACCAGGCCGCCCGCGUCUCCGACUUCCGCGACCCCUUCUACUCGUCCACCUUUCCCAUCUGCUACGCGCUCGCGGCGACGACGGUGACGGCCUACAUGCUCCUCAUCAUGCUCUUCAUCACCCCCCGAUCCUUCCUCGACGGCGGCGUCAUCUACCUCGGCCGCCGCGGCGGCUUCACCCGCGGCGCCUCGGGCGGCGACAACAUCGGCGGCCGCCCCUGGCUGCAGAAGGUGGCGACGCUGACCGUCGCCGUCUCGCUCACCAUCGCCACCCACGACACCUUCCAGGUCGCCCAGCGGCAGUACCAGUGGGGCGUCCAGAACUCAAAGGUGCUCCAGACGUCCGUCAUGGGCAGCAUGGAGCUCCGCGUCAUCCGCGUCAUCUCCAACACCUUCCUCUGGCUCGCCCAGGCCCAGACGCUCAUCCGCCUCUUCCCCCGCCACCGGGAAAAGGUCAUCAUCAAGUGGGCCGCCUUCGGCCUCAUCACCCUCGACCUCAUCUUCAGCGCCCUCAACAGCUUCAAGGACCCCAACGCGAACCCGAACCCGAUGGUGGCCAACUUCAACCACCCGAUCCCCGCCCUCGCCUACCUCUUCCAGCUCCUGCUCGGCGUCCUCUACGCCGCCUGGGUCGUCUACUACGCCCUCAUGAAGAAGCGGUACGCCUUCUACCACCCGCUCAUGAAGAACAUGCCGCUGCUCGCCAUCAUCUCCCUCGUCGCCGUCCUCAUCCCCGUCGUCUUCUUCAUCAUGGACAUCUCGAAGCCCGAGUUCACCGGCUGGGGCGACUACGUCCGCUGGGUCGGCGCCGCCGCCGCGAGCGUCAUCGUCUGGGAGUGGGUGGAGCGGAUAGAGGCCCUCGAGCGCGAGGAGAAGAAGGACGGCAUCCUCGGCCGCGAGGUCUUUGACGGCGACGAGACGCUCGAGGUCAACGCGUCCGAGUUCCCCUGGCUCCGCCAUCGAAAGUCGCGCAAGGACGACGACGACCACGGCGGCGGCGGCGUCCACGACGCCCACGUGCACGACGCGCCCGCCCACGCGGGCCACCAUCGCCCGCGCGGCAUCCUUCCCGGCGCUGCAUGGCCGAGCUCGUCGGUCGCCACCGGCAGGCGGCACGCCCGCGCCGCCGACGCGCACGGCUCGGGUCGCCCGACGACGCAGCAGCCGCCGCCGCCCGCCACGGGCAUCCUGCGCCCCCCGCUGUGGCCGACGCGCCCGCCGCCCGUCGCGACGCCCGUGAGCCGAACCGACACGCCGAGCGUCGCGAGCACCGUGUACGCGGUCCGAUACCAGGCCGCGUCCGACGCGACGACGAGGACGCCGGAUCCGUUUCCGGCCCAGCACGUCGGCGAGGAUCUCGCACGCGACGAUAGCCUCUCGCAAAGCCGCCGCGCGAGCGAGGACGAGGCGGCGAUGCGGCACGCCGCCGAGCUGCCGACGCAGCUGCCGACGCCCGACACGUCGACGGACCUCGAGGCCAACGCCGGCGUCCCUCUGCGCUCGAGCCGAUGGCGCCUCGCCCAACGGGGGUCCGAGGACAAGCCCGAGGCCGAGGUGCAGGCGCGGGAGAUGAAGUCGCCGCGCCGAACCGACUCGUCCGGCUCCGACUCCGGGACGAGGGCCGGCACCGGCGCCGCGGCCGCGUCUGCCUCUGGAAGGUGGGACAUCCGAUCGAGGUUCGAAAUGUUCGCCGCGAACCAGGCGGACAAGAUUCGCGAGAAGCUGCGGCCGACGGCGGAUACCGUCCACCUCCCUACGCAGUACAUCCCCCCGCCGCCCCGGCGAGGCGCCGCGUUGCAGCAGGUGCUGGAGGAGGAGGAGCUGCAGGGCUCGGGAAUGUCCGACGCGAGCAACGGCCGCCGUCCGACCAACGGAAGCUUGUCGAGGCAAGAUGGCCGGGACGACGCGACGCAGCCGGGACGACCUGACGGCACGCUAUCGCUCGCCGACGAUGGGCCGCUGCUGUCGACGAACCCACCGCUCUGGCCCGGUGUGCGGAGGCGGGUCCUGACGUUUGAGAGCGACGACGACGACGACGACGACGACGACGACGACGACGAUGACAACGACGACGACGACAACGACGACGAUGACGGUGAUGAGGGGGAAGAGGAUGAGGAAGAGGAUGAGGAAGCCAACGACGCCCAUGACGGCGGAGGCGACCCGCUUUCUUCAGACAAUGAUCUUCCUUCUCAGCCUCUCCCGGUGGAAUUGGAAAGGCGACGAUGA